UAUGGAUGGGAGGAAUGAAGAAACAGAGAGCUCAGGCCUUGAGGGAGGAAGACUGACUGUCACGUGACAUGUUCCACUCUCAGGUCACGUGGGUCCAGGGCCAGGCAGGCGGCAGAGGCGCGGAGCGUGGUCACGUGAUGCGGGCGGCGGGAAGCGGCGUGUACCGGGCGCAGCUCUCAGGGUGUCCCAGAGAGGGUUUGAAUAAACAGAACAAUAUUGCUGGGCAUUCUUCUGAAGUCAUGAACUCUGUCCUGCAUGACCGUGUCAGGGCAGUCCACACCAGUGACAGAAAGCCCAACUUGAAUAACUCUCUGGCUUUGGGCCAUGACCCAGAGUUCUUUAACAUGAUGAAGCCAGUAUCGCGAUCUACAAGCUGCCAUAACUGUGGUUUACACGGGUCAAGGAGAUGCUCCCAGUGCCACCAAACCUACUACUGCUCGGUGGAGUGCCAGAAGGAUGACUGGAAGGCUCAUUCAUUGAUUUGCAAGCCAUUGAUGCCAAAAGGGCCAAAUGGGGACAGAUUGGCAAGUGGAGAAGGAGAAACACUAUACCCAAAGCCCACACCAUGUGCUGCUGCGUCUGAUUUCAGGAAUGUCCAAGAACAUAGGAGGAUUACGCUGCGUGAUCUACAGGUGCCGGCGCUGACUGAAGGGUUGGAAAUUCAGGGCUAUGUGGUGGAAUUUUCAAGCCCAAGCAAUUUCUUUGUUCAGUUCUAUAAUGCCAAAUCAUUGGAAAAUCUCACAAAAGUAUCAGAGUCAUUGAAAAAGAUCUACUCAAACCCAGAGAAUGUGAAGAAAGGUUAUACUCCCGACAUUGGGGAAGUCUGCGUGGGCAAGUUUUCCAAGGAUCAGCAAUGGUACAGAGUGUUGGUGCACAAUCUGCAGAGGACGAUGGGGGCCGCACAGGUUCUGUAUAUAGAUUAUGGCAAUACAGAGACUCUGAAUCUGGGUGACUUGCAGCCAAUGCAUAAAGAAGUAGAGCUCUUACCGCCUAAUGCUGUCAAAUGCUGCCUGGCGGAUGUUAUUGCUCCUCCCUUUGGUUGGUCUCCCGAAUGCCUGAUGGAUGUGAAGAGAUUUCUCCUAGGGCAGCCGUUGUCUUUCCGUAUUGUCCAUCUGGUUAAAGAGGAGCUGCCGAGAUACGCCGUCGACGUUUGGAUUCCAGAGUCAGGCGAGCAUAUAUAUAAAAUAAUGCUGGAGAAAGGGUACUCCUUCAUUCCACCAAGAAGGAACCAUGAACAAGAGGCGGCCUCUGAGACAGAUCCUGCAGUGGGGAAGCUGCCCGAAAUGUCCGUACAAAAGCAGGAGCAACUCUGCAAAGAUUUGUUUCCAGCUACACCAAAGAUCAAACCCAUGUCCUUCAGUGUGGGGGAGCGGUUUCCAGCUUACAUCACUGUAAUUCAACACCCAGGAAUAUUUUUUUGUCAGCGAGUACAGAACGCAAAACAACUUGGAGAAAUAACAACAUCAAUGAAUGAGCGUUAUAGUGCAGCCCCAAUGACACCAGGUUUUAUGCCGGCUCAAGAAGAAGUUUGUGCCGCUCAAUUCACAGAAGACAACAAAUGGUACAGGGCCAUCGUUGUGAAGCGACUACAUGAUGACUCCGUGGUUGUCGGCUACUUAGAUUUCGGGAAUGGAGAACUUCUGCAUAUGUCUAGACUGCGGCCCCUUGACCCUGAUAUGCAGUCGGCCCCUUGCCAAGCUUCACAGUGCUGUUUGGCAGGUGUAACGCCUCCAUCUGGGACAUGGACCCCCAAAGCCACAGAAUUACUGAGGGUCCUUGCUAUGGAUAAGAUCAUCACUGCCACAGUGGUGUCUGAGGACAGCGGGAUUGUGACAUUGGAUUUAAUUGAUGAAUCGACUACACCAAUGGUUUCUGUCUCUAAACGCCUUAUCGAGGCUGGGCUGGCAGUUCCGGACACCUCGGACUCUAAAUCACCAAUCAAAAUAGAGAGCAGUCUACCCAGUGAGCCUUCUGCACAACUGAAAUGGGCAGAGCUUCCUCUCCAUCAAGCAGCUGAAGUUGUAAUUUGUAUGCUGCAAAACCCUGGAGAAUUCUGCUGUCACAUCUGUAACCAGACAGAUUUAAGUCUGCUCAAUGAGCUGAACGUUGCACUGGGGAAAUACUGUGUACAGAAUACAGCAGAUUAUUAUAUGCCAGUGAAAGAAGAGGUGUGUGCCGCAUUCUAUGCAGGUGAUGGGAAUUGGUACAGAGGACAGGUAAAAGAUAUUACUCCUGACCGUGUUAUAAAGUUCCUGUUUCUGGACUAUGGUAACAUAGAAGAUGUGGCCGUGGAGAAACUCUGUAAAUUACCCUCCAACUUCCUAGAGCUCCCUUUUCAAGCCAUUUGCUGUAGUUUGGCCGGUGUGAAGCCUCUGGGAGAUCAGUGGGAUAAACAAGCUGCUGAAACAUUUCAGAAAUCUGCUGUUGGAAAAAAACUGCAGGCGACCGCCGUUGGCCGCACUAAACAGACGUACCGCGUUGAGCUGGUCACAUGCGAUUCUGCUGCAGUUGUUGCUGAUGUGCUUAUUGCGGCGGGAGUUGCUGCGCGAGAUGAUAGUAAGAUGGACAGCACCGCAAUGGGAACAAAUUUGUCCCAAGUACAGCAGAGGACAGAUAAGGUUAAUGACCUCCUCAAGUCUCCCAUAGAUCCCUUAAUAACCCGGAAUAUGAAAUUGCAUUCCCCUGAUUAUUCUCUUGUGGAAAAGGUGGCUUUAGCUGAGGAGUCGCACCGCACUACCAGUAUCAAGUCAUCUGCAGAACCGAGUCCCACUAACUGCACUUUACCAGAUGACCGUGAAUUGUCCUCCAGUAAAUCUACUUUAUCGUUUCAAAGAGAAUUGCUUUCUACUAAAGCAGCUCCGACAUCAUCUUCUAACUCGCCAGUUGUUUCUCCUCCAGUUUGUAGGAAAUUACAUUCCCUGUAUUCAGCUGCUUCAGCUAACAGUGGUUUACGCGCACCUAGCUCUACUUUGUCAAACAGGCAAUCUCUCGUUGCUUCUCCACCACUUCCUAGAGAUCCUUCAUUUGAUAGAUCUACACCAUUAAGCCCUGGAGUGUUGCGUUCCCCCAUAUCGUCUCCACCAGUCCUCAAAGAAUUGCGCUUCCCAAAAGCUCCUACAUCACUUCCCAGAGAACUAUACACGGCUAAAUGUAGCCUAUCAACUUCUACUAAUUCUACCUCAUCGACUGAAAAAGAAUUGCCCUCAUAUAAGUCUUUGCCAGCAAAAGAAGAUGUACCCUCAGUAGCUGGAGAGACGGUCAGCUUUAGUGAUUCCGCAAAGAAGCCAUCUGAUGCCCUGGGCUCGUCAGGAGCCUGCGCUGCACGAGGAUGGCAAUCAGUGGAUUUACCGGUAAAUGAGGCGUUGCCGGCUUGUGUACUCAGCGUGAUCAGUCCAGACCUGCUCUACGUGUUCCCGAAGGAAAACCGAGUGGACGUGGGAAAGCUCCAGCAGGUGAUGGUGGAUAUAUAUAAUUAUUGCAGUGCUGAGACAGGCCAGCAUGGCUACAGGCCAGAGGUCGGAGACGCCUGUUGUGCCAAGUUCACAGCCGAUGGUCACUGGUACAGAGCUGUUGUUCUGGAUGUCAGCGAAUCUACAGCCAACAUCGCGUAUGCUGAUUAUGGUAACAUGGAGAGUUUGCCUCUCUCCUGCCUCCGUCCCAUCAAGGAAGACUUCCUAAAUCCUCCCAUGCCAAUCACAAAAUGUAGGAUAGCAGAUGUGGUCCCAGUUACUGAGCGAUGGUCGCCAGAAGCUACACAAGCACUACGUGCUAUAUUAGUGGGAGCUGAUGUGUCUAUCACCGUUCAGGCUGUAACCGAUGGUACAUACUCUGUAUCUAUGGAGAAGCUGCAGGAAACGGGGCUUAUACGCCUGGAUGAGAAGCUGGUGACUGCUGGUCUGGCCAGAUACAGAACGUCGACGCCUGUGACGAGUGGCUGUCCAGGGGAACGGGAUGGAUGCUGCUGCCGUGACCUCCAGAAGAGGGUUGAGAAGCUGGAACUGGUACUUCAACAUCUGCUGAAGGAGGAAAAGCUGAAAUGAGCAAAGCGGACAAUCUGCACUUUUUCUUAGUCAAUUAGGGGAACAUAAAAGUCUCAUUACCAGAGGGCGCUUAUUAGUAUUUUCAUUAAUUAUAGUAAUAUCAUUUUGAUGCUGCUGUGCUGUUAUACCACUGGUUAUCUAAAAACAGUUCUAGUGGAUUGCCUCAUUGCCAACCUAAAACAUUUGUUAGUUUAAGUGUGUUUUCCUUUGUUUCUGCGACCGGAUUAGCGCCGAAUAGAUGUCUUCUACUUUAUGUAAUAGCAUUUAAUGUUACUGCGGUGGCAGCAUUGGCGGUUCUCAACAGUGGUUUCUUAGUAGGCCGACCACCAGCUCUGUUCAGUAGACAGAGUUUUUGCAUAAUUCCUGUCAUCUUUCAUUAUAGUUUGGACUGAAGGUUUAGAAUGUGCAAAUAGGAUUUGUUUUAUGUUUUUUAACCACACGUCUUAUGUUAGGAUGCUAGAUAUCCGCCAUUUUCGCAUUUUCUUCCUUUGUCUGCGUAACAGUACGGCAAGCUUUUGGAAUUUACGCAUUAUAGGAAGUUCUUUAGUGUAAAGUAGAGAUUUAGAAAUAAGUGAAUGACGGGUGUAAUUCUCGCCUCACCGGGACCAUUUUGUUUGUUCUUGAUGUUACAGAAAUCAUAGGGGCAGGGAUUUUUUAUUUUUUUUCCCGUAAGAAAUGUAAUUAAUGUGCUGCGAUAAGAAAUUAAGACGCAUCAUUUAUAUGUCUUGAUGAAACCUUUGUUUUUUGUUUCCUCGUUUGUGUUAAAAUGUUCCGAACAAUUG